AUGCUCAGUAUACGCAGGUUGGAGCCUUCGUCGCCUCCAUCAGAAAUCGAUGCGGCGUCGGAGCUCUUGACGUCUGUCUUCGCCGACGACCAGUUGACGCGAAUCGUCUCCUCGCCCGUCCCCGGCUUACACGCCGCGCGCACGCGCUCAACCCUAGUCACGGGCGUGCUCGAUCUGGCCGUGUUUACGGCACACGAGAGUGAAUGCGAGAAGCUGCUCGGCGUACUGAUUCUGAAGCCACCAGGAAUUGUAGAUCGGCAUAGCGACGUCGUCCUGGCGAAUUACGCAAGGCUGCGAUCACAUGUCCACAAGCUUGAAGAAGACGCUUUCGGCGGCGUGACGAACCUGUGGUUCGUGAGCUUCGUUGGCGUUUCGCCAGAGGCGCAGGGGAAGGGCGUUGGACGAGUUUUGUGUGAUGCUGCCGCGCGGCUUGUACGAGACAAGGCGGAUGAGACGGGUGUUCGGACGCUCGCGCUGGUCGCUAUCAGCGAGGACGCGAUGCGCUUCUACAAGCGACUCGGUUUCGAGGAACGUGGAUAUGUCGAAUUCAAAGUUGGCGAUGAAUUGGUCAAGCGGUGGGCGAUGAGCAAGGAAUGCUGA